AUGGAUGAGUUCCGCCGCUCCAAUCUGCUCACCACGCGAGGUUCGCGCGCGCCGCGCCACUUUCGGAGCUCCAGGAUACGGACACUUGUUCAUCGCGCGCGCCCGAAAGCUUCAUGUUGCCAGGUCGCGUUGUUCUAUGUUGUCUGGGCUGUGCUCGAGUCGGGAGUGCGGUGUAUCCGGAUCCUAUCGCUGGAGGUGCCCCAGACGGUGGUUGUGGGCACGGAGGCCCGGCUGAGGUGCGCCUACGACCUCGAAGGAGACGUCCUUUACUCGGUCAAGUGGUACCGCGACGACGUCGAGUUCUUCCGAUUCGUGCCUUCCGAUCGGCCGCCCGGGCAGUUCUUUCCUGUAGACGGCAUCAGGGUCGACUUGCAGCGUUCAAACAACGGCACCGUGUUCAUCCGCAAUGUGGACCACCUCACGGGCGGCAACUACAAGUGCGAAGUGUCGGCGGAUGCCCCUUCUUUCAAGACAAUGUUCGUGGAAAAGCUCAUCCGGAUAGACUCCUCUUCGACCUGCAUUCAAGUUCCAUCUGCAAUGGCGCUUCUGCUCCUGGCCCUCGCUUCUCGCGCUAUCUCUCGUCUCGUGUCCAAUCGCUGAUCGCACGAAGACCCACGUGACCCAAGCGGUGAUUACCCCCAAUUGCUCAGAGAAGCAGGACUGUGGUGUUCGAGAGAGAGAGAGAGAACGAAACGCACCUGCUGUGUGAAGCGGCCAUGACCGGACUGUUCCCGGAAAACGGCGUCGAAAAACAAUAACCGCAACGCCUGGGGUACGUGAACCUACGAGAUGGCGUGCGGUCUCAGGGUCAAUCUGUGUAUCCAUUUUUUUCUUUAUUUUCUUGCAGCGUUGUGUCGCGCCAAGAUGGACGUAUAAGCUGGCGUUAAAUAAAACGCCAGAACUCUGCCGCGCGAUGCCCGUAAAUUGACCAUCACGUUAAUUACAGUGGCCGUAGUUAUUAAGCUAGCCGUAAUUUAUGUUCGACGCCCCAUUUCGUAGCACCCCUCCUCAGCACAGGAAACGUCGCUGUGACUAAACUGCUUCUGUCAUGACUGUCAGCAUGCUCACGGUUGUUUCGUUAAGACAUGCAUUCAACAGAAACUACUUCAACUCAUCCUGUAUCUGAAAACGCA